AUGAGCACUUCAAUUAAAAUAUGCUCAGAUUCUACAAGUAAGAGCAUUGAUCCUACUCUCUACAAAAGCAGGAUAGGAAGUCUUCUAUAUAUUACUACUAGCAGACCAAAUAUUACUUUUAGUGUAGGUGUAUGUGCACGGUUUCAGGCAAAACCCAAACAAUCACAUCUCACUGCAGUCAAAAGAAUUCUGAAAUACUUGAGUGCUACGGUUGACUAUGGCAUCUGGUACUCCAGAGAUUCAAAUCUAAGUAUGGCUGGCUAUUUUGAUGCUAACUGGGCUAGUAAUGUUGACGAUAGAAAAAGCACCACUAGUGGCUAUUUUUAUGUCGGUAGCAAACUGGUAGCAUGGAUGAGCAAGAAGCAAAAUUCCAUCUCUCUCUCCACUGUUGAAGCUGAGUACAUUGCAGCUGGUAGUUGUUGCACACAGCUUCUUUGGAUGAAAAAGAUGUUUGAGGACUAUGGAUUCUCACAAGAUGCUAUGACUAUUCAUUGGGAUAAUACUAGUGCCAAUAGUAUCUCGAAUAACCCUGUGCAACAUUCUCGAACCAAGCAUAUAGAUAUAAGACAUCAUUUUAUACGAGACUUGGUUGAGACAAAAGUCGUGUCACUUGAAUAUAUUAAUACCGAACACCAAUUGGCUGAUUUAUUCACUAAACCUUUGGAUGGGUUAAGGUUUGAAUUUCUAAGGAAGGCCAUUGGUUUGUGUGUCAUGCCCUGA